AAUGUUUGGUAAGAGGGAAAAACAACAACCCAAAGGCUGGAGGUCCGCUUCAGGUCGCACUGCAGAGAAUGAUGAGAGUGAGGAAGCUGCCAGCCUCAGUGGCACCGAGCUGAGUUGAUGGUUUGGUCUCCAGUUUCCAACCUGCAGAGCGCAGCUCCCGUAGACUUCAACACACUUCACCUGCCCGUGUCUCCUCUCACAGCCACACGGGAGGAGGAGUGUUCGCUGCCACUCUGUUCUAAGCUUCAGAGGAGCCGCAAACAUCCGCACCGCCUGUUUCUCCUUUACCUUGACGUGCGUAACCGUUUUGCGCUUCAUUCCGCGUCUUGGCCGCCGGAGAGUUGAGACUUCAGCCGCAACGCAGCGCACCAAGCGAGUGAUCAGACCCCCUGUCCAGUGAGUGAAGAUGAUUCCUGUCCUGAUCUGUGCAUUGGUCUCACUGAGUGUAGCAGAAACUGACUUGGAUGUUCUGUAUCCUGAGCUUGAGCACUCGAGAACCAUCUAUGUCACAGAAAAUGGUCCUCGACUCUCAGUGGUGGCAGAACAAUCCAAGGUGGUGUCGAGGCGAGGGGGGAAUGCUACGCUACCAUGCAAGAUCCAAAGGGACCAAUCAAUGGCACCCAAUCGCAAGAUGAGAAUCAAAUGGACCAAGCUGACAUCAGACUACCUGAAAGAGGUGGAUGUGUUUGUCGCCAUGGAUUAUCACAAAAGGAGUUACGGCAGUUUUCACGGACGUGUCCACCUACAAGGAUCCUCUCCUAUGGACGCUUCAUUGGUCAUCACGGAAAUCACGUUAGAGGAUUAUGGGAGAUAUAAAUGUGAAGUUAUCGAUGGGCUGGAAGAUGGAACAGUGGUGGUGUCCCUUGACCUUGAAGGUGUUGUCUUCCCCUACUUCCCCCGCCUUGGUCGCUACAACCUCAACUUCUACGAUGCUGAGCGGGCAUGUCGUGACCAGGAUGCCAUUGUGGCGUCCUUUGAUCAGCUGUACGACUCGUGGCGAAGCGGGAUGGACUGGUGCAACGCUGGCUGGCUGAGUGACGGCUCAGUGCAGUAUCCCAUCACCACCCCCAGAGAACCAUGUGGGGGCAAGAACACUGUGCCGGGCAUUCGGAACUAUGGACUGAGAGACAAGGACAAGAACCACUAUGAUGUGUUCUGCUUCACCUCCCACUACAAAGGUCGGUUCUACUACCUGAUCCACCCUUCUAAGUUGACCUACGAUGAGGCCGUCAGGGCGUGCCAAAAGGAUGGUGCUCAGAUUGCCAAGGUCGGUCAGAUGUACGCCGCCUGGAAACUGCUGGGCUACGAUCGCUGUGAUGCUGGCUGGUUGGCAGAUGGCAGUGUCCGUUAUCCCAUCUCCCACCCCCGACGACGCUGCAGUCCCACGGAAGCUGCCGUCAGGUUCAGUGGCUUCCCCGACAAGAAGCACAAGCUGUACGGAGUGUACUGCUUCAAGGGCCACAACUGAGCUACAAACACACAACCUACAAACACAUACACACACAAGCAUGCACAAACACUCAGAGAAGGGAAUCUGGAGGUAUGAACACACACUCAAACUGUGAUGCUUUAUUUCAUGGAAACCUUAAGACAUUAAAGUCAGACAGAUUCAUGUUGUUGCUUUGUAAUCUGGGACCUGAUACUCUACGGGGGAUAGUUUACACAUAUUUAAGGUUCAUAUUAUUUAAUCAAAUCCUUUGAGAGGGGUGGGCGGGUUAUUUUGGGGGGGGUGAGGGUUGGAGGAUAUCACAGCUACAGCCAUACUGUCAUUCAAGAAUGGACAAGGCAUGUCUGAACUGAGAACAGUUCAACAGCAAAACGUCUUAUGUUGGACUGACACUUUGGGCACUUAUCUUGUUUUUGUUCAAGACCUGGAACAACAACGCCAUGAAAGACGCCUGCAAACAAGACGAAAAGAGAGUUAGGAAUACAAGCAGAGCACAACUUAAGUGAUCUUUGCUGUCCAUUCUUAACAAGGUGCUAUGACUGGUACUUUGUACUUCAUCUGACCGUCCAGUAUUUUAUGUUUUUAUACAAAUGUGUUGGACCAAACAUCAGUGUCAUCACCAACAUGAAUAAGAAAUAGGAACAUCCAACUGUUAGCUUGUUUAUGUUUUCUAAAUACGUAGAAUGUGAUAAUCUAGAAAUGUAUUUCUGUUAAUGACUAUUUUUUGAUAUACAGUAGAAAUAUUUUCAUUAUUAUUUCUGUUUUUCUGGCCAAACUAUCCAAGUCUCAUUGGUUUACAUGAAACAUACAGUAACAGUGGAAACGAAAACUCCACAGUCUUUAAAAACAAACAAAAAAAUUGCACUGAACUUAUAGAAGAUGACACCUAGAGGAGAAAAGAUAAGGCAAACAGUAGCUCGCCCUUUGCAGCAAUACAAAAUGCCUGGCAUAAAUAAAUACAGUGCUGUUCUAGAGUAUUUUUUCAGUAUGAGCAGUGAAGUAGACUUUAGUGGCUGUAUCUGUGUUUGGCUUGAACUUCAGAGCAUGUCUUAGCUUCGACAAGCACACAGCAAAACAGCUCCCAGAGUAGAUUUACUCCUGUUGCCUAUCUAGCGCCUUGAUAAACUGCUAUUUUUGAUAAAACACUGUAGUUUCUUAAAGUGAAUGAGCAGAGCCAGGCCAGGCCCAGGCCGACUGGUGAUCUCAUCCCUCUGUACGCAACUCCACUGAUUAGCCUUAUUUCACUUAGCUAUGAGUGUUUACCUGUUAUUCAAGGUCGUAUCUUCAAAGCUGUUGUCAUGAUCCCAUAGAUGCCCCCACCCAGAAUUACAAAAUGUUUGCUGUAAACAACACAAAUAGAAACUAUUUUCUUUUUCUUCCAUUCGUCUCCGCUAGUGGUGCUAGCUGUGGCAGGCCUGGGCACUAGCCAACAGCACAAAUUUUAGAUGGAAAUGUGAGGUUUAGCAAACAAUUUUAGUUGUCCUUAAACUUGUGAGGUUUUGACUACAACAUGGGAAGUUGUGUACAUGAAUUGCAUGCCGUUUAAGUGGCAGCAUUGUCUGAAAGCUGUGAAAAUGCGACUGCUGACCGAUAGCCCAUCUAGCCCCCAAGGCCAACCAUUUAGCUAAUGAAUAGGUAAUGAAUUGUAGGAAAUGCAAAGCAUAAAAAUAGAAGAUUAGGCCAUAAAGGAUAUCAACAUUUCCAUGUGAUUCUAUACGAUAAAAAGUACCAUAUAUUACCUUAUUAUCAAUCCAAAAACAAACUUCCAUGACCUCUACCAAAUGCAUCUUAAGUUGUCAACCACUAACCAUUUACAAUAAUGUAUGCUAACCUAAAAUGAGCAACAAAUACGGAAGCAACAUUAGCUACCUAAAGUUGGCCAUUUUCUGUUUUUUAGGCUAUCAUUCAUACUUAGAGGGGAAUUGGUGUAGGUAAACUUUAUCUAUGUCGAUGUUGAUGUCUAAAUCUUCUUCACAUUUGCUAAAUUAUCAACCUUGCAUGUUUUAGUUGCAUACUUUAAGCAAGUCCUAAACAACAACCUGUUGUAGCGAACACAUACAGCCUGUACAAUAAGAUGGGAUUAAAAAUGUACAAACAAGACAAAAUUUUACAAAUUUAAAAGGUAUUGCCAGAUGAAAGUUGCAAGACGAUGUCACAUACACAGCAUCAAUGACAUUGUGAUGUCACUACUGUAUUUACACAAAAAAAAUCUUAAAAGUAAAUAAAGAAAAUUGACACAUUACACACACUGCUACAAAUUCACACUACACAUGAUAUAUAUUAACAGGCUUAUCAUUAGCUGUUAUUAUUGUUAGAGCUGUUCAUAGCAUCCAACCUCUCUAGUAUAAAUGAAAAGGAGCCAAAUACAUAGCUGCAAGUGAAAUUUAAUUACAUUUCUAUUCACACUUUUUUCUUUUCUCUAGCAGGGGCUUUGAUUGUUUUGGGCAGACAGUAAUGCAAUAAAGAUGCAAUCUUUUCCUGAAUACCAGGUAGAAAAUAAGGUGCUGAGGUUAAUGAAGGAAACAGCUUGUGACCAAAUCCCGGAGUUACGUACAGAGAGCUGAAGUCACUGAUGGGACCAAGCAUGCCCUAAGUGAGCAUGGUUUUCCUGGCAGCAACUAGUUCCCUGAUUGCUAUCGAAGCUCUGCUAGACUCAGCUGUGAACUGGCUGACCUGUCUCUGAGCUCACCGAUCAGACCCAGCGGGCCUGCAGCCAACCGGCACCAGCCUGCUGAAUGAGACAGAAAUACACUACAUAAUCAAAAUACCAGUAAUUCCUGCAUGGAGGGCUUCUUCCAUGUAUGGAUAUCACGGUAAAUGGUGCUCAUUGAUCAAAUAUAAGGUCACUGUACAUGGUCACAGCUGGCCCAGGCUCAGGCUUAGGUCAUCAACAUGGCCCUGGUUAGAGCCCUGCUUUACUUAUCACUAAAGAACUGCUGGACAGACUUAUAAAAAUAUCCUCCGGUAAUGAUAAUGAACUUUACAGAGCAACUAUGAGGUAAACUCCUAUUGAAAAGUCCAGUGUAGUGCUGCAAAAUUACAUUUGUUCCUUUUGUAUUAUUGGAUUGGUUUCAGUUAUAAUAAACAAUCUGCAAACACUUUGUAUGUUGAAGGAAUAUGCUGACAUUGUGAGGAGAGCAAGUACCGAUACCAAUCUCAUUUCUGUUCAUUAAAUUUGAGGCAACAGCCACAGGCUUGGUAGGUUAGCUUAGGAAAAAAGAUUGGAGACUCUGGGGAGCAGCUAGCUUGGUUCCGGUGUAUUUAGCACAGUCCACCAAUUGCUUCCUCCUGUUAGUAGUCAUUAUUCAAUGCUAAGUGAAGCUAAUUGUACCCUGGCUGUCCAGGACUUCAAAUUUAAAGUAGUAAUGCUAGUGGUUUCUAUCUGUUAUUAGUCUUCAUCUACACUAGCAAGCAAGUCAUUUCCAUUUGUUACCAACCAUUAUUUGUGCUCAGUGAAGCUAAAUGUCCUCUCGUUCUCCAGUACUUUAGAUUGAGCAUAGCCAAAUGCUAAGCUGUUUCCCUCUAUUAGCCUUUAUUUAUGCUAAAUGAAGCUAAUUGUCCCCAGGCUGUCCUGUCCUCUAUAUUUAGUGAACAUACAUGAAAGUAGUAUCAGUCUUGUCAGCUCACUCUUGGCAAGAAAAGUGUAUUUUAAAAAAUGUCAAUUAUUUCUUUAAAGCUUUAAAGAGAGCCCAAAUCUGAUGGCUUUUAUUUUGUGCAUUGUCUGUCUAAUGUUGUAAAUCUGAAACCUUGUUAAUUACUGCAGCGUACAAGGAGACCUUAGGGACCCAAAGAUAAAAAAGGACAAUAAAACCUUACAUAAACCAUG